AUGCGUAAUCCUCCGGUUCUGUCUGCUCCAGAGCCGAAUGAGAAACUCUUUCUGUAUCUUGGGGUAUCCAGUAUAGCAACUAGUACCGUUCUGAUCCGUUGCAAAGAGGGCAAGCAGUUCCCGGUGUUUUAUGUUAGCAAAACAAUGUCUGAACCGGAAAGAAGGUACUCUAGGGCCGAACGAAUGAUCUUGUCGCUGGUCAACGCAAAAAGGAAGCUUAGACAUUACUUUGAAUCUCAUCCAAUCGUUGUUUUAACAACUUUCCCUUUGAGAAUAAUCCUGCACAAACCGGACCUAUCGGGGAGAAUGACCAAGUGGGCCAUUGAAUUGAGUUCAUUUGAUAUUGCAUACGAGCCCAGGACGGCAAUCAAAGGUCAAGUGGUGGCGGAUUUCCUACUUGAAUGUGAUGCUAAAGAUGUGGUGGAGGAUUAUAGUUGUUCCUGGUGGAAGCUCUUUGUAGACAGCUCCUCGAAUCAAAUGGGGGCCGGGAUUGGAAUUCAAUUGCGAACACCAAAAGGAACUACGCUGAGCCAAGCGAUAAGACUAGAGUUCAACGCAACCAACAAUGAAGCAGAAUACGAGGCGUUGAUAGCUGGGCUGAAGUUGGCUAAAGAACUGAAGAUCAAGUAUCUGAUUGCUUAUAGUGAUUCACAACUAGUCAUUCGACAAGUCAAUGGGGACUAUGGGGCCAAGGAUAAGACCAUGGAAGCAUACCAAACUGCGGUUCUGCGUGAGGCGAAAGGCUUUGAUCAGAUCAGGGUCAUCCUGGUCGACAUACUGAUCCAACCUUCCCUUUUUGAAGAGCUGCCUAAUCCGACCACUCAACAUGUUAAUGUUAUACCAUAUGAGCCGAGCUGGAUUGAUCCAAUCAUGGCUUUCAUACGUAAUGGUGCACUCCCCGAGCAUAAGGACGAGCCAAGAAAAAUUAGGUCCAACGCGGCAAAGUAUGCCAUUGUGCAUGAUCAGUUGUAUAGACGCUCCUUCUCGGGUCCAUAUUUGAAGUGUGCUACCCCAGCAGAAGCUAGACAGAUUAUGCGAACCAUUCACGAGGGAGUAUGCGAAAAUCAUUCAGGAGGAAGAUCUUUAGCACACAAAGCAAUGACACAGGGGUACUUCUAG